CCCCGCGUGGUGGUUUCUUUAACGGAGAUCUCCAUCGCCUCUCUCCAGGACCACUGCUACUACCACGGGCACGUCCAGGGCUACAGCGGCUCCUGGGUUGUCCUCAGCGCCUGCUCGGGAAUACGGGGCCUGAUAGUGCUGAGCAACAACGCCAGCUACUACCUGAAACCCCUGGGGACCCUCAAGCCAGGCCACCACAUCAUCCACCGAGCAGAGCACUUGCCCAUCCGAAGUGGGACCUGCGGCCACGGUGACCAUUUCGGGAGCACCAUCGCCCACAUCGCUCAGCUCUUCCAGCCAGUGCGCCACCGGGCGAAGAGAGAUGCCUGGAGGACCAUGAAGUACAUGGAGCUCUUCAUCGUUGCCGAUCACACACUGUACAGGAACCAGAACUUCAACCUGGGCCACACCAAGCAGCGCAUCGUGGAGAUCGCAAACUAUGUGGACAAGUUUUACAGGUCACUGAAUAUCAAGGUGGCCCUGAUCGGCCUGGAGGUGUGGACAGAGCGGGACCAGUGCGCCGUGACCAGCGACGCCAACGCCACGCUCUGGUCCUUCCUGCAGUGGAAGAAGGCGCUGAGGUCACGCAAGAAGCAUGAUAACGCCCAGCUGCUGACAGGGAAGACAUUCAGGGGGACAACCAUUGGCAUGGCCCCACUGGAGGGGAUGUGCAGUGCGGAUAACUCUGGAGGUGUCAGCAUGGACCACUCGGAGCAGCCCAUCGGAGCAGCCGCCACUAUGGCCCAUGAAAUCGGCCACAAUUUUGGCAUGAACCAUGACAGCACGGGCUGCUGCGUAGAGGCCACCCCGGAGCAAGGCGGCUGUGUCAUGGCAGGAGCCACUGGACACCCCUUCCCUCGAGUGUUCAGCUCCUGCAGCAAGAGGCAGUUGGAGAACUACUUCCAGAAGGGAGGUGGCAUGUGUCUCUUCAACCUGCCCGACACCAAGGACCUGGUGGUGGGACGGAAAUGUGGCAACGGCUUUCUGGAGGAAGGAGAAGACUGUGACUGUGGGGAGGUGGAGGAGUGCACCAACCCGUGCUGCAAUGCGCACAACUGCACGCUGAAGGAGGGGGCCCAGUGUGCCCAUGGUGAUUGCUGCCAGAGCUGCAAG